UUUGGCAUUAUUACACCCUGUGAUUGCCUUGAGAUAGGUUUGAGUUAAACGUGGGGGUGAGAUAGGCAGCUCAAAUUCUGCUUUCGUUUUUGAGCUUUCAUGGUUGAUAGGAAAUGGCGGCGAACAAAGAUCAAGCAUGGCAAAGGAAGAGGAGGAAGAGUAAGCCCCCAACUCCAACAAAUCCAGCAUGGCAUAAGAAGAGGAGAAAGAGCUCACCCCCAACAAUGUCAGGAAGUGAUUCCUCAUCACCAGUGUUGAACUUGGUGUUGUGUGGAUGUGAUGAAGCAUUAAAGACCUCCAUAUCAGACCUGAUAUUAGAGGAUGUGAAGACUGGAGAAGUCUGUGGACAGCGUCUCAGGCUGGAGGUGAUGCCAGCUCUCUACAACACUCAUCUCUCAGAUGAGGAAGUGAUGUCUGAGACUCUUCGCUGUUUUUCUUCGGAUAAUCCUGUCCAUGCUUUUGUUUUCAUCAUUCCUGUUGGUCCUGUCACAGAUAAUGACAAAGGAGAAAUAGAGACGAUUCAGAGAACCUUUGGUACAAAAGUCUGUGAUCAUAGUUUUGCUCUUUUUACCAACAAGAACUUUAAUAAAGCUGCUGCAAUUAACUUUGUAGAGCAAAGUUCAGAAAUGGAAGAAAUUCGACACAUGUGUGGGGACAGAUAUAUGAUCUUGGAGAAAGGAAAAAAAAAUAAACACAAACAGGUCACAGAACUGUUAGAGAGAGUAACAAAUAUGAGGAGGAUUUAUUCUCUCCAAAUGUAUAUUGAGGCACAGAAAGAUGGAGCUAAACAGCCACUAGAGGAUGAACCGACUGAAAUGAAGGAGCACCUUGAAGCAAAACAACAGGAAUCAUGUGCAGAGGGUGAAAACUCCAUUUGUUUGAGAUUAUUACUGGUUGGAAAAACAGGAAAUGGAAAGAGUGCAACAGGAAACACUAUUCUAGGAAGAGACGAAUUUGAGAGUGACGUGAGCUUGAAUUCUAUGACAAAAAUAUGUCAGAUGGGAUUGGGAGAAGUACAGGGCAGAUCAGUAGCUGUUGUGGACACUCCAGGACUCUUUGACACCUCACUCUCAAAUGAAGAAGUAACAGAAGAAAUUGUGAAGUGUAUCUCAAUGUUAGCACCAGGACCACAUGCCUUCAUCAUUGUGCUUAGUGUGGGAAGGUUUACUGAGGAAGAGAAGCAAACACUGAAUCUGAUUAGGAAGAUGUUUGGUCCUGAUGCUGUGAAGUACACUAUAGUGCUGUUUACUGGAGGAGAUAAACUGAAAAAUAAAACACUUGAAGAUUAUCUUAAAGCUGGUAAUAAUCUAUAUCUCAACAAUCUAAUCAGAGACUGUGGUGGAAGAGCUCUCUUGUUUAAUAACACUAUAGAAGAUACCAGACAAGUUAGUGAGCUUCUCCAAAGGAUCGAAGAAAUGAUAAGGUUCAACAGGGACAAUUACUUUACCAAUGAGAUGUUUGAGGCAGAGAUGUCGAUACAACAGAAACAGAAGGAGAUGCUAAAAGAGAAAGAGGAGCAGAUGCAAGCUGAAAGAGAGGCUCUGAAGGACAGAUAUGACGAAGUACUGGAACAGAUGAGGAAUAAUAUGAAGAAAGAGAGAGAGAGAUCGGAAGAGGAAAGAUGUAAAAGGGAAAAGAUGUUUAAGGAGAGGGAAGAAAAUAUUAGGCGAGAAUAUGAGAAGAAAGAAGAGAAACAGAAAAAUAAAUGGUUGAAAGAGAACCAAAGAAGAGAAGAAGAGAAAAUACGACAGACUGCAGAAAAUAAACAGAUUUUGGAUGAGAUGAGGAAAAAACUACGCGAUCAAAAAGCUACAUUUCAAACUGAAAGAGAUGAGGAGAGCAGAAGAAGGGCAGAGAGAGAAAGAGAGAAUAAAGAACACUUUAAGCAACAACAAAAUGAAGCAAUAAGAAAACUAAAACACAAACAGGAAGAAGAGAUUAGAAAGAGAGAUAGGGAGGAACAAAAGAGAAGAAAAGAACAGGAAGAAGAGAGAGCAAAUUGGAAGAGAAAAAUGAAUGCAGAAAAUGAUAAAGCGAUUAAGGAAGAAAUUGAAAGGAAACUGAGACAACGCGAGAUGAGAUGGAAAGAGCAGAUGAGAGAGAGAGAUAAAGAAGACAAGAGAACAAAAGAGAGACAUGCUGAAGAACUGAGAGCACAAGAGGAAAAUCAGGAGCAAAUGAGAAAAGAAUUUGAACAGGAAAGAGAACAAGAGAGAAAUGAGUGGCAGGAGACAGAAAGGAGGAAACGAGGGCAAAUAAAGAAAGAGUAUCAGGAAAAUAAAAAGAAAAUAAUACAGAAGUAUGAGGAACGGGAAAAAAUAAGGCAAGAAAAAUGGAAUAAAAAAAUCAGAGCAGAAAAUCAAAGAAGAAUAAAGGAGAGACAGAGUUUAAAGAGAAUGAAAAAGGAAAUGGAAGAAAAAAGGAAAAAAGAAAUGGAAGAAGAAAAGCAAAAGGAAUUCAAAAAGAGAGAAAGAGAAGAAAAAGAAAGAAGAGACAAAGACAUAGCCUACAAGGAAAUGAAAAAUUACUAUGAAAUGAAAAUGAAUGAAAUGGAGACCAAACAUCAGGAUGCGGCUAGAAAAAAAGCAGAGGAGAUGAACGACCUGGAAGCAAAACAUAAAGAUCACAUACAAGACUUGAUUAACAAACAUCAACAUGAUUAUAAACUUCUCAGUGAUCUGUAUGAAAGUACAAAAGAGGAAGGAAAAAAAAGCAAAGGAAUGAUGUGCAUUAUCAACUAAGAGCUUGAUCAGAAUUAAUAAAGAGCUCCAGGCUGUUGAUCAUGUCUACAUUUGAAACAUUGCAGAUGAUCGUACGUAUGAUGUAGGUUCACAGGAGAGGAUUGUUUUCCAAACCAAUAGUUUCAGUGAGAUUCAGUGUUGUCAUGUUCUUGUGUGCUUCAUUUUACAACUUACAUGGUACCAAAUUGUGUUUAGUGUGUGUUUAGCUUUGUACCAGCAGCAUGUAAUGCAUAAAUGUCUUAAACAGCAGCAUGUGUGGAGGGUGUGGAAAAAUAGAUGUGGGACUGUUUACAGUCUGUGCAGCUUUAUCCUGGUGUUAAAGAAUCUCUGUUCUUGUUCAAGAAGAAAGAAAGACGAGACCUUUCGUAGAUAAACUUUGCCAAACAUUUAUUUCUAAUGGGGGUAGCUCAGUGGUUAAGGUGUUGGGCUACUGAUCAGAAGGUCACGGGUUCGAACCCCAGGUCCACCAAGCUGCCACUGCUGGGCCCCUGAGCAAGGCCCUUAACCCUCAGUUGCUCAGUUGUAAGUCACUCUGGAUAAGGGUGUCUGCUAAAUGCCGUAAAUGUAAAAUGUAAAUGUAAUUCACUGCUCCUGACCUCCAGUGAGACCUUCGACAAAGUCAUUAUAUACUACCAUAACUUUUGUUCUUCUUCCCUUUUUUCAAGUUGGAACUGUUAGCCAACAUUGCUUUGCUUUCAGAACAAGAAAUAUGUCACAAACAGCCUUUGACUUAUAAGAGAGGAUCACAUUCCUCCUGCUGCUGUUAUAAUUAUUUCUUUGCAUUUGUUCCUUGUCAGACCUUCAGAGAAUCUGAAUGUUUACAGAGCUAUAAUGUAAGAGGAAAACUGGAGAAAUGAGGUGGAUUUUUUUUAGCUAGACAAAAGAAAAAGAAAAAGAAAAACAUUGAUGUUGUUGAGACUUCAGGGAAAGUUUGGCAAGUCGGCACCUUGUGAUGAUUCAACAGCCACUGAAUUCUUUGUGAUGUGUGGAGGUGGUCUUGGACAUCACAAAGAAUUCAAUGGCUGUUGAAUCAUCACAAGGUGCCGACUUGUACCUGACUGCUUCAAACAACUAUGAGAUGACGGAUGUAAUGGAUGUAAAGAGAUGGGAUUGGAUAUUGUGAUUGGAUACAGAGAGAGGAAAGGAGUGAGGCUUUACUGACUGUCUUUGUAAGGUGCAGGUAAACUCUGAGAUUUUGAGAAUGUUAUGUGGAUUUUGUGUUAUGUAUUAAUCAUAUUGUACAUUUAGAAAUAUUGUAAUGCUUCAAUAUAGAACAAAAACCCUUUAUAUUACGUCUGCUAUGCAGAUACAGGUUCAUUACUAUCCUUAUAUUAACUAUUAUAUUAUUUUAUCCAUAUAAGAAGGUCAUGUGUAUACAUGUAAUAGUAUUACUGAAAUUUAUUUACUUUAUCUUGAUGCUCCAUCCUUUCCUUUUCAUCUUAAAUUGAAUGGAGUGCUAUGAGUGUGCUAAUUUUUCAUGAAUCUGUAUUAUACUGUUCCAAGAAGCAGAUACAUGAUUACAUUUACAUUUACAUUUACAUUUACAGCAUUUGGCAGACGCCCUUAUCCAGAGCGACGUACAUAAGUGCUUAAAUCUCUAAUACUGAAUACAUUAAUGCUGGUUCACUAGGUUACAUACUUAAGAUACCAUGAGUUUAAAACUAAAACUGAUUAGAUGAUGAGAGAAUCGUGUCAAUCAGAAGCCUGAGCAUGUCAAUAUGAAAAAAAUCAAUAUUUUUGUUGACUUAAUAAUACAUGGUAAUUAAUGUCUGAAUACACUGGAUAAGUAUUCAUUAUUUAAUUUAAAUAAAUCAUAUAAUCUUUAUAUUAA